GGGGUAUUCCUAAGCAUUAGCCCCUCUGAAUCAAAAUGCUGCAAUUUUGAUAUUCAAUAUUUCCAAUUUAAGGCAUUUCUCGGUGUUGUGAGUGCCGAAACCGGUAAUUGUGAGCCAGGGACCCCAUUUUGGCUAUCUCAACUCAAAUCUAAUGUUAAGGUGGGAGGGUCCCUUUAACCCUAUUAGUGGCAGGCUCCUGGCUACCCCCUAUUAGUGGCAGGGGGGCUGUUUACGACCCCCCCCCCUUGAUAUCUCGAGAUCUAACGGGCCGAUUUUCAAAAUUCAAACGGCAUUCGAUUUCGCUCAACGUGAUCUACAUUUCUAAAAGAUAAAAAUUAAAAAAUGUCAAUAGGGGGGGUAGAGGGGGGUAAAAACGGGCAAAUUGCAGAUACAUUUUAGACUGUUUAUCACGGCCAGGUUUCUGAACCAAUCUUAACGCAACUUUUGCCGAUCGAAAGAGAAUGAACCAGGAAUUCACAUGGAUCCCAAAAAUAUGCAUUUUCAAAAAUCAUAGGCGGAUACAGAUCAUUGAGAUUGGGGGUACACAAAAAGUAUAGUAAAUAAGGUUUUUGUUGGUACUGUUUCUAAAAAUGGUGGUAAUGGUCUUGUUAUGUUACAAUUUUCUUAUGAUGAGAGAACGACUACAAUUGUAUUGGUCAUGCAUAGGCGGUGUCAGGGCACCUAUGUUGGGAGGUAAAACAUAACCCCCCUUUUUGGACGCCUGGAUCCGCCUAUUAUAGCAAAAACGUGUCAAAAGAGGAUGCACAAUAACUUUGUAUAUGUUAUCACAUGAUACCUUUCAUUCACUGUUCGUAAAACUGGUGCAGCAUCGUGAUCUUCGCCCAAAUGACUCGCUUCACGAAUAGGACCCCCCAAUUCCCAGUGCUCUGGAGCCGCCCCUGGUAAAGUUAUGAACUUGAAAUUUUCAGGGAAUGUGCCCAAUUUAGUUUUAGGAAAAGUCAGAAAAUUUCAGCAUCGUAGCUUCAGCGGUUUCGGAGAUAUUCCCGAAAAACCUGAGGGGUGGAUAAAAACAACCCCCCCUGCCACUAAUAGGGUUAAAUUAAAUAGAAUGCUCUAAUUCUAGCUUAUUUCCUUGGCUGUCCAUCCAGCUAUGAAAGAGGUUUAUGGUGUGCACCAUGUGCAGUGAACAAUGCAUAGUCUGAACCGGCCGCUGCUGGUACACAAUGGACCUCUCCAGUCUGCUGCUGGACGAAGAUGAGCCGGCCGAGGACAUCGGGCUGCACCAGGCGGCCUACGCCGGGGACGCGGCCGAGCUGCGGCGGCUGCUGCAGCUGCCGCACUACCGGUCGGCCAUCAACCGGCGGCUCCGGCUGCUGGGCGUCACGCCGCUCCGGCUGGCCGUCUCCGGCGACUCGCUCGAGUGCGUCUGCUGCCUGCUGGAGCACGGAGCUGAGGUGGAUCUGACGGAUAUGAAGGGUCAGACCCCACUCUUUGUGGCCGUCAAGGACCAGCACCUCGAGUGCGCCAGACUGCUACUGCGGCGUGGCGCCAGUCCGGACGGCUCGGCCGACAACCUGUCCACGCCGCUGGGCCAGUGCUGCCAGUCCGGCUGGCUGCCGGGCGUGCAGCUGCUGCUGGCCGUCGGCGCGGACCCGGAGCGCGGCCUGCUGCGCGGCGGCCCGGUGCCGGCGCUGCCGCUGCACACGGCCGCCGUCUACCACCACCUGGACUGCUUUCUGGCCCUGCUGCUGGCCGGCAGCCAGGCCGACCCGGCACGGCGCCCGCGUGUGCCCGCCGACGCCGUCAGCAGGGUGUCGCUGCCGCACGCGCUGCUCAGACACAGGUGUUCUGUGGAGUUUAUCGAGCUUCUGUACGAGUUUGGCGGUAACCUGUGGCAGCUCAACAGUCGCGGUCUGCUCGCCUGGGAGGCCGAGCCAGACAGUCUGCUCGUCAAACCGCUCAAACAGCUUGCAGGCACGCCACACUCGCUGCAGAACCUGUGCCGACUGCGCGUGCGCCGCUGGCUGGGCCGGCGCCGGCUGCCGCUGCUGGCCCGCCUGCCGCUGCCGCCGGCAGUCAUCAGCUACCUCAUCUACUCGGACACUAUCCGACUCGUCAAGUUUGGCACCUUCCGCUUCAGCUAGGUGACGGCCCUGCCGCCGUCGGGCGAACGUCUGCAGAAAACUUCCUCCUGUGGUGUGACAAUAGACUGUGUGGGAAUGUGCAAUGCUGAUAGCUGCGCGGUGGAACCGCUAGUCAUGAUUUGCCGCGCAGUCUGACGCGCUGAAGACUAGUGCCGAGAUCUGAAUAUUGGUAAAGACGCAGCGUGCGUUCUAGCGUGCCGUGGUGUGUGGCUCUGUCGUUGGAUUUGCAGUGUCUCGGCUCUGUUACAGGCUGAUUUGUGUUGCUGUGUUGAGACGCCGAGUGAUGUACAUUGCGACACACCUUGAACCGCUUUUGGCCCAGCCGAGUUUGCCGGCGAUUGUGGCUGUCUGGUGACUACAGGAAUGUCCCAUAGCCCCAAUGAAACUUUGACCCAGCUGAUAUCCGUGCCUUCCAAUCCCAAGAAGUUUUAAUCACUGCUCGUGGUUUUAUAACUACAAUUGAGAGCUAUUACCAUAGACUGAAUUGUGCUAUAUUGAGCUACCAUUGCCGUCUUCCUGCAACGACUUUAUGGAAAAUACUUUAUGCUUCAGGAUUUUCUCGAUCUACGUGUUAUCGGGAUAGCCAGUCUUUCAUCGGUCAACUGUUGAUUGUUGUUGAGAUUUUGCGACAUAUUUGAAUUCAGCAGCUGAGAUAGAAUAGAGCGAAAAGGUGCGAAGCCUUUAUGCGUAGCAUUUAUUGCAAAGUUUGUGAGGGGUUGAGCGUGCAAGCACCCUGUUAUAGGAAGCGUUUGGUACCCGAAUUAACCUGAAGCUUGUUAUUUAGACCAGUUUAAUGGCCAGUAGUUAUGACUAAGCGGAGAGCUGUUGUUGAGCGAACUGUUAUCGGAGUUGAAAUGUUGCCAACAGAUAGUCCCACUAGAGUCGAUUGUUUUGUGAUUCACAGUGUAGGUACGGCUCGUCCCCGAUAUGGAUGCUGCUCGAAACUUUACAGUGAUUUAUAAACUUCAUUGCUGUCUAAACUUCAGUGCAUCUUUAUUUUAUUUUGAAUAUCGUUUUUGAUGCCACCACCUAGGGUUCCCGUACGUGGGUGUUACCGUGCCCUCUUUUUCCGGCCUGUUAUUCCAUACCGUUCUCGCUCCUGUUUUGCGAGCCUGCCCGUCUGCUGGUUACAUGCCCUGCCACAGACUGAUCUGGAGUGAAUUGUGUGCCCUGCUUACGUCGGAAAAUAAUGGUGGUGCUCUAGCUAUCACCCCAGUCAUGUAUUGUUCGUGUGACGGAAAAUACAUUGGCUGAUGGACAGCUAGA